AUGCGUUGCUUUGCUGCCGUUGUUGUACCAAUGAGAAUUUAUCGUACUGAUUUACGCAAAACAUACAAUAAUGAACAAAUUUAUUCCGUGAUUCCUUCUUUUACCUGGAAACCAACAAAUCAUAUUUCCGGCAUUUAUCAAGUCACCAAUAACCACGAUUAUAAAGAAAUACCGGCUCAAUUAUGCGCACCUUUUACGUAUAAUAAUAAAUUGAUAAAUCACAAUUACUCGUACCCGCAAAUCAAUUCUAACGCUAAUAAUGCGUGUGAAAACCCAUCUGGAUCCUCAGCUACGAUUUCUCCUUCCGAGCACCCAACCAAUGCCAUAAUCGGUAGUAAUGGAUAUUUUAAUAGACAGCUGUCAUCAUGCAUCUCACCCUCAGCUAUCCUUGCUAAUCAUGGGAAUGGUUCGGAUGGUGCUAAAGUAUCGAAAAAACUCAAUAUCCCUAAAAAAACAAAACCAACCAUACGAAAAUCCAAAACAAAACGCACUAAAAGAACACCACGUCCUCCCAAUGCAUUUAUUCUUUAUCGGAAAAAUAAGCAACAGGACGUCGUUGCAUUGAAUAAAACUUUAACCAAUGCAGAAGUAUCAAAGGUGAUUAGUAAAUUAUGGUGGAAAGAGACGGAGGAAGAACGAUUUAAAUGGGAAAAGGUGGCGGACAGAAUUAAACUGCAGCACAUGCAAUUACAUCCGGAUUACGUCUAUCAACCCAGAACCAAAAAAAAAAAAUCGACGAAAAAUGUAAAGAAUGUAGUAUCUUCUAAUAAUAAUCUUCCGGCAAACACGUCUGUCGCAAGGAAUUCGAAGCAAAUGGCUACAUCGGCAUUGAAAGAUGAUGACGUUUUGUCUGCUAUUGCUGAAACGGCAUUCGCUGGGUCAAAAGCGUCAUCGAUGACAGCAUCUUCUAAUAAUGAUAAUAGUAACAACAAUUUACCAUUAAAUAUACCCAUCGAAUUAAAUUCUUCUUAUCAACUGAGCUAUCCACCUCCAAAUACCCCAACUACUCCACUAUAUGAAACUAUGAAUUCUUCUAACACCCAAAAUAACAUUAUAUUCUCAAAUUAUAAUUUUCAACAAUAUGCAAAUGUUGUUGACCCUAUUCUUGAUUCCCCAAAUUUUCUACAACAAUCGAGAUCUAAUGCUAAUUCAUAUACAGGAUAUAUAAGUCCAACUGCUUUGGAUAAUUUUUUAGAUGAAUCUCAAUCGAAUAGUGCUGCCUCGGACAUAAACGACGGAGGCAAUUGCAUAAUUGCUAGCCAAAAUGAAGGCGGAGGAACUAAUAAUGCUUGGCUGGUUGAUGUUGAGAGUUAUUUGGGAGAACCUGAAACUUCUUCCGAAUAUCUCGAAACUGAAUUGUCGAGAUGUAGCAGUGUUAGUUAG